CUUCGGUUCAUCGGGUUUUCUUGUGUCCUUCCUUCGCACCCUUAUCGCACCUGUUAUCGCAUCAUCAGUCUGUGACUGUCUGUAGCAAGCCUUUUCCUCCCGUACAUCCUUCCAUACCCUACCCUACCUUCCAUCUCGUGAGUGCGUGUGCGUGUGCGUGUGCGUGUGCGUGGAGGAGGCCUCGAGCGUGAAGCAGAGUCUAGUUGGUGUGCGUGUGCCUGAGUGAGCGUGUCGAAGUGAGUGCAUUCAUUCCCCUUGUUUGCCCUUUCCUUUGCCUUUGCUGUCAUCAAGAGGAUGAUGCUGUCGAGCAACGCUUCGCACGAUGAGGAAAUCGCCGUCAGCGACAUCCACACCACAGGUACACACACACACACUCACACACACACACACGCACUGCACGCAUUCGUUCUGCCAACGUAUGUUUGUAUGCGCCGUUCUCCCCACAUGCAGGCCCCCUCACCAGCAGCAACGGCAAGCAGCGCCAGAACGGCACAAAUCGUUUUUUAGCGUGGCUGUCGGUGGCUCUCACUGUCGCCCUCAUAGCCGUAUCGGCAGCACUCACCGGUGCGUACGGACAUACCCAUGGGCGCGUGAAUGUGCACAUGUGCGCGCGCGUGUGUGUGCAGUGGUGUGUCUGGGUGCUGCUGGGGGCAACAGCAAGGAGGCUGCACGCGUCAACCAGACCGGUGCGUACCCGCCCCCAGCUUUCCCCGCUGUGCCCUCAUCGAGCACCGAGCCCAUCGGUCAGUCAGUCCAGUCGGCAGAUGCACCACACACAAGUGCGCUCCUUCCGUCACAUUGUGUGUGUUACGUAGGCAUGAUGUCCAUCCCUGACCUGUACGAGGCCAACAUGGAGGAGAUAUCAUCCUUCGGCGCACUCACCAUGCAGGCGCGGCCACACGCACACCCACCGAGACGAACACUCAGUCAUGGAUGCGUGUGUGUUUGUCAAUGAGUGAGUGCAGCUGUUGGGUGGGCGAGACGGCUGGUUCGGUGUCAUCUCUGCCCAACAGGACGAGAGGACAGGUGGGCAGACACCCACCAUACAUAACAUAACAUAGCCCACACAUACCAAUGGGGAUGGGUAUGUGCGUCUCCCCAUGCACCCAGGCAAUGUCAUCGUCUUGCUGACACCGUCUGCCCCACUGAGCGAGGUAUACACUUUCCACUCGUCCGUCCGUCCGUCCAUCCAUCCAUCCAUUCGUGUCUGUCUGUCUGUCUGUCUGUCUGCCCACGCACAGGAUGAGAUAUAUCGUCUGGAUCAGGAGACUCAGGAGGAGUGGAACGAAAUCGUAAGUGCAGUGCAAACAUGUGGUGCUUCCGAACAGGCCUGCCUCGAUGAAUGUGCGAACAAACAGGACUGCGACCCUCUGAUCGAGAAACUCGCCCCCUGGACACUCACCGUCGAGAAAGGUACGUAAGUGUCUGAGCCACUCUUCUUUGCUGCUUGGUUGGCAAAUGUGUGUGUCUUUUCAGCUUCGGCGAGCGUUGCGGACGGCUGUGGCCGCACACAGGGCGUUGUGGAGGUGAGGACACACACUUGUAUGCAGGCAGGCACACACACUCACACAUGUCUGUGUUGCGCCGUAAUGUGUGUGUAUAUCAGUGGCAACCUGAGCAGCCUGAAGCAGACGCAAACCAACUGAGUGCGUGUUGACGAUAAACACAUGGACGACGAUCCACACCUGGUCUGUGCUGUGCAGGUGCUGACAAGAAGCCCCGCAUCGGUGCCGAGGAGGGCGGCUCCAGCAGCAGCGACAAGGGCGAUGACCAGCAAGAAGACGACGGAGGUAACAUAACAGAGGGAGAGACAGAGACAUGCCUGACUGACACGGCUUUGUGCUGUGUGAGUGUGUGUGUUUGUAGGGGAUCGGCGUCGUUUGGGUCAGUACAGGUCUAAGGUCGGCAAGCUGUGUCUCGUGCAGUCCUGCGGCGGUAUCACCUGUAAGUGACCACCAGUGCACCACUCCACGACGCCACACCGGCGACACACACCACACACGUUGUGUGUUGUCUGUCUGUCUGUGCAUUGCAGUCAGGCUGAACCCCUACCUUGACGCACAGAGGCCCUACCUCGGGAUGGCCUACAAUCCCUACCCCUACAGCCAAGCAGUGGCAGCAGCGGGGGCCCCGCCCCCGGUGCAGUACGUCCAGCCGGUGGUCAACGGGGGUGCGGCGGGCAAUGCCAUCGGCGCCCCUGGCACUGGCGUGGCGCCACUUGGGAGCGGCAUUGGUGAGGUGCCGGGCAGCGUCCCCGCCGGAAUCGGCGGGCCUUAGACGAGAUGCCAUGAGAGAGAGGUCCGUGCAGUGUCAGUGUCAGUGUGUUUGUGUGUGGAGUUGGUCUCGUGUGGUCUAUCUAGUACUCGCCUUUUUAUUGUGUGUCGAUACGGUAUGGGAUCGAUGAGGUGGAUGACGCAAUCGUGUGCCUUGUGUGGUUUUGUUUUCCUUUGUGUGAAGCAAGGCGGCCGCACAGAGAGCCACAAAGCCACACAGAGAGCAUUGCGUGUAUGCUAUGUAGCCCUGCCAUGCGUGUGUGUAUUUUCUUACCACCCGAUGGGAGUAGGUGCUUGUCGAUUGUGGCGGAUGAGAUGAGUGUGAGUGCGUGAUAUACUAUAUAUGCCUGCCUCCCUCCCCGCCCCCUCUGUGUCAGUCGUGCGUGAGACACAACGUGUGUGCAUACGCGUGUGUGUGCAUGGGGGUGCGUACGAGGGAUCGCACAGAGAGACUGUCUGACCUCUGAGUGAGUGAGUGGGUGAGACCUUUUUCAGUUUCUUCAACCAAAGCCACACGGUCGAUCGACGAUCGAUGCAGACAAGCUCAUGGACACAGGCAGAUCACAGCAGUGACACCUGUCAGCAG